AUGACAAUUCAAGGUUGUCGUCGAUUAAUGCAAAAUAACCAUGUCCCCGUCAUCGUACCCAAAGCAGACUGGAACACCCGUGUUCGUCCGCGUUCACACGAUGGUAUCAAUUUCUGGCUAGAUGUUGAUCCAGAUUAUCAGCUCCGCGCCCAGGACCACGAGAGCCUCAUCAGAGCCGCCCUUGGUGGGCUCAGUAUUCACAAUCAAUGGUGGAUCGCUGAUGUCUAUGUAGUGGAUGAGGACGACGACCGUGACACCAACCCAGAUACUGUGAAGCGAUUUUUUCGGUCGCUGAACGAGCGAUUCUCCAACGACCGUCGGCCCCCUGAUGGGCUGGUAUAUGAGCGGAUUCGUUACUAUGAAGGUCAUCUAGAUGGGCCAAUCGAUGAGUGGGCUGCGAAGGAUUGGUGGGCUAUGUUGGAGACGACGCCUGGCAGUAAAAAAGGGAAAUACCUUCGUGCAUUCUUGAGGCAUCCACGAUUUCCCCAGAAGCUUGAUUCUCUGCUGAUCAUUGGUGGUCUAUGGGGAGGAAUGCGUAUUGGUCUUUUACACAAGCUGCUAGCAAUGCAUUGUGAUGAGCCAAUCCUUUGUUAUUGGGACUUGAUUCUCAAGACAUUUCUGAAAAUUGCGGGCAACCGGCAUGAGCUCCUGCCUCUGAUGGAUGGAGCUACGGUGAAGUUGCUCCAAUCUCGGGCCCCGAAAGUCUCUCCUCGCGAUCAUGGAUUCUUAAAAGGGAAGAAGGAUCGCGCUGAGCUGUUUCCAAACCUGUCGCCUUCACAGCGGCAAGAAUUUUGGCAACAGUUACAAGAAAUUGACUACCCAAUUCCAACUCUGGAGACGUUCUUCAAAGAUCGUUCCUAUCUCGAGGUCGGCCAAAGCGUCAUGAAACAACUUUAUCCAGCUGAUCCGCACCGACAACUCACCGUUGAUCAAAGGGUCAGUGAGUUAUUCGAUACACGCUUGCCAGUCCUUUAUACCAUGAGUCAGCAAAGGCUUGGACAUGAUUUACUGGAAUUCUGGCGCUUUAGCUUCCAAUAUGGUUUUGAGCUGACAGAUCACCAACGUCGCAAAGUUCUGGUUAAGGCUUCAAGGGAGUCCACUCCUAGUUUAGUUUUCGAGGAGCCCGGCCCUCCAGACAGGAUGCAUAUAUGGGGCCACUUCUGCCAAAUUAUUCAAUCUAGAGGCUUUCGACCUCCUACUAGAUUCGACUUCGUACCUCGGACCCGACUUCCCGACCCAGUUGCUUGUGAUUUUCCCGAGAUAGGGCUGGAAAAAGACGUUGAAGUGGAGAAGCGCUCUGGGAAACCCUUCUCCAAUACAGUUGAGGCAGACCGUUAUGCUCUAUCCGCCGAAUCUCUUCGACAAAGUUGGACGACUCCUCAAGUGACGGCAGGAUUCCUACGGAGGUCCGUUUUCAAGGCAUUUUUCUCUUAUCUCAUCGAAGAGGGCCAGGAAUUCAACCAAGGACCGGCAGUCCAUAGUACCCCGAUCGAUCUCAACGAUUUCUCACGAGAGGUAGUUCGUCCAAACGCAGAUGUAGAUAUCGGAAACACGGAGAUGGCGUCAAACCUUGAACAGGCACCAGGAUCUGCCAUCCCAGUCGAGACAUUCACGGCUCUACCUACCGCUAUCAUUGAGGGUGAUCCAGGUGUGACAACUCACCCAAGCCAAGGGCAAUUGUAUUUCCCCAUGCUUGUCACGAUCGGCAGUGACCAGAAAUCGCUGAAUUUGCCCGAUGACCAUGAAUUCAUGAAUUUGUUUCAGCACGGACUGAACCAGCACUAUUUUAGUAUUGCGGUACCAGACGGACGACUGAUCUGUCCGGAUGAAUGCUAUACAUAUUAUCUCCGCCAUCCGGCAGAAACAUUACAUGCGCAAUAUUAUAAUAGAGAAUCUACCAUCACUCCUGAGUCAAAUGCUCAAGCGAUGUUGACAGACCCACCCCGGCAAAAUGAUGCAAGGACCGAGAUGGAACAAGCCAAAGGUUGGCUGAACGAAAUUGCGCGUCAGUGUGUUCAAAACACAUGA